AUGCUCUUGCUGAAAAUGGGCAGAAUGGCGAUGCUCGUGCAGAAUCUCGAGUUUGGAUGGAUGACUUUUAGGCCGAUUUUCAGCAUGGAGUCAGUGCAGAUAGAGUACUCCCCCAGCCACAUAGCACGCCCGAACACAAUCAGCAGGAAAAUUGGGCACUAUCCACGCCCAGUCUAUUUGAACAUGCACAUAGAAAAGAUACUUCGCUGUAUGCAGGAGAGCACUGUAGUCUUUCUCCAGAGUGCAAGCUUGAGCGAGCACAUAAUUUUGGACGAAAGGUACUUUAACUGCCGAGGGACUGAAAGCCUCAACUGCCAGGGAAUGUGGAUAAAGCGCGUCCCAAUAUCCGACAUCCUCCCGGAAGUCUCACCGAGCGAGAAAGCCACGUGCCUUUUCGUUAGCAUCCCAAAGAAAGGUAGAAACGGCAGCUCCUGGAGGCUGAACUACAUCAUCAACGACAACUUUCUGUACACCAGCGCAUUCUCCAGGCGAAAAAACGGGUUUCUCAGCAUAGAUAUGGAGGGAUCCAUGAAAUGGCUGGAAUUUUCCGUCUGGCCCUCUCCCGUUAUAAUUGCAACGAGAAGAAGCCUUCCGAACGUGAUGGUUAGCAUGCACAUCAGCGAAUAUUUAGAGCUCACAAAAAGCAUGGAGAGUGCAGGAUUGUGCCACCCAGAGAAGAAUAUUUCGAUGAUACUCCAAGCUCUUGUGCAUAGAAUCUCAAAGAAAGUCGACAUUUCCACCCCGCAGGAAAAGCACAAAAAAAACAUGGCUGUGCUACACAACAUAUACACGCAGCAAAUCUCUCCUCUCGAUAGCAACCAGGGAUACAACAUCAAAACGCACGUAAUGAUAAAAUCCCAGGAGUUUAGGCAUGCAGAGGAUCUUCUCGCAGAAAAAGCGUACUUUGAAACCCUUCUUUCCGAGGAGGAAGACUGCAGAGAGUGCACUUUCAAGGCAAAAAGGAGGGCGUGGGCUCUUAUAAAGAACGAGCUAAUGCACGGGGAGGAUGGGGGAUGCCUGGCACUCGACGGAAACUCUCUGCAGGAGGUCUAUUUCAUACCGCAGCGAAAACUGCCAAGCUCCGAGUGGAGGAAGACUCUAUUCAGCGAAAAUAUUCUUUCCCUGGGCAGAACCCUGAUAGUUUUAAACUCCUCCUCCCAAGAGAGCGAAUUUCCCGUGGAGAAGGAGAGAGUGUUUACGCUCAUCAAAGAAAAAAACUCAGAGAGGGUUGAAGUCUGGUCGCACGCAGAAAAAGACACGGAUUCUGUGCGGGUGUACAAUGCAUGCAGUGAAGAGUUCAGUGAGCUUCUAUCGUAUAUUUUCCACAUUAUUCUCCCGAUUCCCUCCGGGCUCUGGUGUGGAAGUCCCUCCGAGUACGACCCAGACGCCCUUUCAAAAGACAUGCUUGCAGUCGUAGCAUAG